AUGUUCGCGCUGCUGUCGGACCCCGAGUUCAUGCGCGGCAGCCUCUCAAGCUGCCAGAAGAGCAUCUGGGCGUCGCUCGACAACCUUCGCAUCGCCACCCUCAAGCAAAACCUCAAGCAGAGCGGGACGGAGGAGCUCAUGGUCGACGACCCAGAGAGCAUCAUGCUCUACGGCCCGCUCCAACCGGGAGACGAAUCCGAGAUUGAGCUCGCCCGCUCCCAGAUCGUGUCCGUCGACGCGAACGGCACUGUCGUCAAGAUCAUCUCCGACAGCGCCCUGGGAGCGUCUUCGUCGUCCGAGGCGCCCCAAACGAGCGUCGCCACGCCUAAGCUUGUCUGGCUGCCUUCCACGACCAAGCUCUCCCUUCAGGUCAUGUGGUGGGGGUACAGGCUCUGGCUCCCUCCCCCAGUGAUGGCCCAGCUCAACAGCAAAGAGGCCGACGCAGUCAAGGUCGCCUCGCUGAUCACGACCGCGCUCGGCUGGCUCGUCGGACACGUCCCGGUGUCGCUUAUCCCGCUGCCGCUCAUGCCCGCGUUCCAGCUCGUGAAGGCGAUCGUGCCCUACAUCGGCUACAUCGGCGGCUUCAUCUCCUGGUCCUGGGGCGAGAUCCUCAGCUUCGACAAGGGCCACGGCGUCACCCUCACCUCCACCUGGCUCCUCCCCAUCGCGCUCAUCCCCGGCACCUGG